UAUAAAUAUAUUAUUAUCUUUUUUAUUUAAUAUUUUUUUUGUGUGUGUGGGAUCCGAAACAUAUGUAAAUAUUUCCUAAUGAUCUGGGAAAGACGAGAGGGCGAACAACAUUUGCAAAUGCAACGUGGUGGUUUUAAAACCUACGGAAGUUAAGAAUUACAGUAAAUAGAUCAUAAUAAUAAUAAAUCCUAACAGAAUGGAGCCGCUAAAAAACAUUUUCACCCGCGGCCCACUGUCCGGUUGGAAAGGCCUGGAGCCGGAGGAGAAAGGCGCCUACACUAACCCAGUCUGGACCGCUCUCUUUGACUAUGAAGCCGCCGGGAAAGACGAGCUCACCCUGCGCAAAGGAGACCUGGUGGAGGUGCUUUCUCGGGACUCGGAGAUCUCGGGAGACGACGGCUGGUGGGCGGGCAAAAUCAACAACAAACUGGGCAUCUUCCCUUCCAACUACGUCUCUUUGAAACCGGGCGACUACACCAAGCUCCAGACCACGGCGGGUGUCGCGGAGCUGGAACCGGAGGAGGUGGACUUUCGGGAGUUGAGCCUGGAAGAGGUGAUCGGGGUCGGCGGGUUCGGGAAGGUCUACCGCGGGACCUGGCGGGGCGGGUUCGUCGCAGUCAAAGCCGCCCGCCAGGACCCGGACGAAGACAUCAGCGUGACAGCUCAAAACGUGAGGCAGGAAGCCCGGCUUUUCAACAUGUUCACCCACCCGAAUAUCAUCGCUUUGAAGGGGGUCUGUUUACAGCAGCCCAACUUGUGUCUUAUAAUGGAAUACGCAUCGGGGGGACCGCUGAGCCGGGCGCUCGCCGGGCGUCGCAUCCCACCCCACAUCCUGGUCAACUGGGCAGUGCAGCUUGCCAGAGGGAUGCAGUACCUCCACAGCGAAGCGAUCGUGCCUGUCAUUCACCGGGACCUCAAAUCUAACAACAUCCUGCUGGCCCAGCGCGUUGAGAACGAGGACAUGGAGGGGAAGACCCUGAAGAUCACGGAUUUCGGGCUGGCGCGGGAGUGGCACAAGACCACCAAGAUGAGCACGGCGGGCACCUACGCCUGGAUGGCACCCGAGGUCAUCAAGUCCUCCACCUUCUCGAAGGGCAGCGACGUGUGGAGUUAUGGGGUGCUGCUGUGGGAGCUGCUGACCGGCGAGGUGCCUUACCGGGGGAUCGAUGGCCUGGCUGUAGCCUACGGAGUCGCGGUCAACAAACUGACACUUCCCAUCCCCUCCACCUGUCCGGAGCCCUUUGCACAACUUAUGGCAGAGUGCUGGGACCAGGACCCUCACCAGCGGCCCAGCUUCGCCUCUAUCCUGGCCCAGCUGAUAGCGCUGGAGGAGCAGGUGAAGGAGGAGAUGCCCCAGGACUCCUUCCACUCCCUGCAGGACGACUGGAAGCUGGAGAUCCAGAGCAUGUUCGACGAUCUGCGGGCCAAGGAGAAGGAGCUGCUGUGUCGCGAGGAGGAGCUGAAGCAGGCAGCCCUGGAGCAGAAGUCCCACGAGGAGUUCCUGAGGCAGAGGGAGCAGGAGCUGGCGCAGUGGGAGCUGGACGUGUUCGAGAGGGAGCUAAGCCUCCUCAUCCUGCAGAUGAACCAGGAGAAGCCCAACGUGAAGAAACGCAAGGGCACCUUCAAGAAGCACAAACUGAAGAGCAAGAACGGGGAGAAGAUCAGCUCGCCGCUGGAUUUUAAACACAAGAUCACAGUGCAGGCUUCUCCUGGACUGGACAAGAGGAAGAACUUCCUGGACCUCGCGCCGGGCUCCCCCUCCUUCGUACCCAGACUCCGCGCCAUCCAGCUGAUCCCCAGUGAAAACAGCAAGACCUGGGGGAUCAGCUCAGGCUGGAACCUGGACCACCUCCCUGACAAGUACCGCAACGGGGGCCCCUCCUGGGGUCCCCAGAGCCCCAAAACGAGAGGCCGCAGCCUGCAGGACAGCAGGAACAGGCUUCUGGAGGAGCACUCGUUGCGUCUUGGAGCAGAGAGUGAGGAGACGGGGCUGCUCACGUUCCCCAUCCCAAACGGCUACGUGGGGUCGACAAAGCUACCUGAAACCCCGGAGGUGGUGAGGGACGGGUGUGAAGCCUCCGCCUUCAGCCUCCCGCACCCCGCGGGGUCCCAGCGACAGGACCGGCGGAGCGGGGCGCUCAGGAGCACCCACAGAGCCCUGCUGGGGGGCGGGGCUCUGCUGGCCUCCAUUGCCCUGGGCCGGGAGGUCACCACCUCCCCGAAAUGCCCUCCGAGGACCCCCAAACCCUCCCCGAAGGGACAGAGAGAGACUCCACCGGGGAGCGAGGAAAAGACCACAGAGGAACCAACCCAACAGGACUUAAUUGUCUUCUGCAAGAAAUCGGACCCCCCUGCAUCUCCCGUCAUAGAAGAAUUGAUAGACUUGACCGAAGCACCCAUGGAGGUGGGCAAACCCCCUCCUCUCUCCCCGCCACCCCCCAACCCCAGGGAGAGACACAAACACCUCCACCCUCAUCGGGACUUCCUGUGGACUCCGGAAGGGGAGGGGCCAGGGCAGGAGGCCAAUGGGGAGGCAGAGAGGCGUGUCCAGUGGGGUCAGGGGUCCCCAGUGGUUCGGAGGAGGAAGCCCAGCGAGGAUUUGUUGUCGGCACAGAAAGCUGUGGAGAGCUCUCUCCCAUCUCCCAGCACCCCAGAGCGCAAUGCUGAUCAAGGGGAUCCAGCAGCCCUCUUCCUGCCGGACCCUCGCCUCUGGAGCCCCAAAUCCCGUCGCGUGGAGGUCAACGUCGUCCCCCGACCCAGACCCUCCGCUACCCGGCCUCGGAUCGACCCCUGGAGCUUCAUAUCAGCGGGGUUCAAACCCACGCAGAGCCCGCCAGAACCGGAACCAGAACCAUUCUACCUUGCCCUGGGCUACCAGCCCUCUCCUACCAACCCCUUCACAAACAGCGACCUCUUCCCCACGCCCCCCGGGCACGACCCCUUUGCCAGGCCAAGUGACUUUGACCCCUUCUGCACCCCCUUCCCGCCCUCCUCCAAGUCCGCCCCUGCCUCCACCAACGGGAGCCCCUCACUGGCUGCCUGGAGGAUAGCUCCGCCAGCCCCAGCCGAUUGGCCACUCAUAGACUUGGGAGGAGGCGGGUCAGAGACAACCAAAGAGCAUCGAUCCCGGAGAGCUCCCUGGAGUUCUCAGACGCCAGACUGCCGCAGGUUUUAACUAGAAGGGGAAUAACGACGAGAGAAAUCCAUGGGCCGUUUGUUAGCGUUGUUGGGGCAGUUGCUCAUGUUUUGUCUGUGUUUUAAAGAGCCUGGUUGAAAGGUUGUACGCUGCCCAAAACUGCACCCAUUCAGUUUCUUGUCUCUGUGGCUGCAGCGCUGGGCUGCUGCAAGUCCAAGUAUUGGCGAGGAUGUUCAUGUAAGGCAGGGAUUUCUCUCUUUCCUUGGUGUCAGCGAACAUCCUUUUUGAGUUUCUCAGCAUUCUCACUUCUCACUCAGUGACCACACAGCGUCGCAAAUGUAUUUAACUACUAGGGCAGUUUUGCUGCACUAACACAAUGCAAGUGUCACAUGCUGUCUGUUAGCCACUGCUGGGUGGUUGAGAAUGUCUUUCUGCAGGGAUGUGAAGAGGCAUGAUGUCACACUGCAAUGCGGCAUGAUGUCACACUGCAAUGCGGCAUGAUGUCACCCUGCAAAGCGGCAUGAUGUCACAAUGCAAUGCUCACGUAGCUAGUUCUAAUAAGAGUCAGUACACUGAAGAAAACGCUAGAUGAGACGCUUGUCUGCAUGACCUUUAGUUUUGUGCUAGUAAGAGGUAGAAAUGCUAUUUUUAAA